AUGGUUUCAGCCGAAAAGCCUGAUAAAAUGUUGGCUGUGAUAUGCGGUGCAGUGACCAAGGCUUAUACAGUAGCCAUGGAAUCUAUAAUGGAAUACAAACGUUUCUUGGAGAAAGGACAAUUCCCUAGCAGAGAUAUUGCGAACCAUUUUCAUCAUCGAUUUUAUUUAUGA